UUUGUGAACAGUUGCAAUUCUGUGGGCGGUCCUGUCCUCGCUUUCAGAUCCAGUUUCAGCCAAUCCGCGCCGGACUUCUCUGCAGACGUCAAUGCGAGGUUGGUUUAGGUUUAGCCCUUUGUGCAGUGUAUUAGCCUGUGCUCUCUAAGUUGCCUCUCAUAGUAGCGGCACAAUGAAUUGUGAUCAUUGACAACACAUGGAUCUCACAUAGCAUGUCCCAGCUCUGACCUCUGACCUCACUGUGAUUGAAAACUCCUGCCAUCAGUAACCUCCUCAUGUGCAUCAUCUUCUUGAAGUUUGACCCUCGGCCUGCAUCCAAAAAUGCCUACAGGCUUAUUCUGGCUGCUAACAGAGACGAGUUCUACAGCAGACCGUCCAAAGCUGCAGACUUCUGGGGCAGCAACAAUGAGAUCCUCAGCGGUCUGGACCUGGAACAGGGAAAGGAAGGCGGAUCGUGGCUGGGAAUUAGCAAACGAGGGAAACUGGCAGCACUGACCAAUUACCUGGAUGCAUGGCAAAAUCCUGACGCUCAGGGGAGAGGUUCCCUGGUGUCCAACUAUUUGAUGGAUAACUUGGACAGUUUUGCAUACCUCCGUAAAGUGUCUUCAGAAGCUCAUUUAUAUAAUGGCUUCAAUCUCCUUACUGCUGACUUCAGAAACACCCCGGACCCCGCACAGGAAAGUCAAGGUGUGGGCUUCAGUAAGGCCAUACUCCGAGCCCUGUCUGCAGUGUGUGUGCGCUCACCAGGAUACGGCACAAGGACCAAUACAGUCAUCCUCAUCGACCGAGAGGGAAGCGUGAGCUUUACGGAGCGCACCAUGCUAAACUGUGACCUCACCCAGUGGAGCACAAAUAGCUUCCACUUCAAACUGCAAGAAUGAGGGCCAGAUGCCAGGCCAGGGGAAGAAGACUCUCACGCUGUGCCUUUAUCCAGCCACUAUCUGCUCAAGCCAUGCACCACUGUUUCUACCAAUAUGAACAUCAAGAUUUAAUUCAGACUUUCCAGUUGAAAUAGGAAAGUGGUUAAUUAUUGCUACUGCUCUGUUCUGUUCUGUUCUGAGAGGAAGCUUGGUAGCACGUUCUUUUUUUCUAGGUAAUUGUUCUUUCUAAUAACCAAUGGCUCAUGAGAAGGCUCACAAGGAAUCUGCAGCCACAAACAUCAGAUUUCCAUACAGUUUACAAGACAGACACAGAAUUCCAGAUUUCUUUCAGAUCAGUUCAAAAAGGUGCGCAGAUUCCGUCUGAAUCUACUCAUGAGGUGUGACUUUGAGUUCAUGUCAUUCAAUCUGCAAUUACUAAUGAAUAUAUAAGUGGAUAAGUAUGAAGAAUGUAAAAUGUUAUUCAUCAUCCACUGAAUCCCAAACAAACUGUCAUUGGCAUGAAAUGCUGUUGGACAGAAUCGUUUAAGGAACAAGAUGUCUACUGCCAAAGAAUGAUUGUGUCAGUCACAAUCCUUAUGAACACAAGAAAAUAAAUCGUCUUCAUAAUCUUGCACAAUGUAAACUGUACUUGCUAUUCAGUGUGGUAGUGAUCCACUGUAAUACCUUUCACUCAGGAACACCCUGAGAGCUACUGCCAAAAAAAAUUGAGACAAUUUUUCUUCUUUUUCUUCAUCUUAAAUUGAAAGGAUGUUUUUUUUGUGUGUCAUAUUAAAUGAAACCAUUUUGAUUUCACUUCGAAAGUGUUGAAAGUUUGAAGUCUGUAUGGUUUGGUAUUUCCAUUGCUGCUUUCAUAAUCUUAUCUGAUUUCUAAUAUGAAGGCAUCAAUGCAUUUUGUCAGCUGUCAGGAAUCCAAUAUGAUCUUGUCAUUUAAAGUCACGUCUAUGGUUAAUAACAGUGUGCCCGAAAUGUAGUAUUCAGCUUUUAAAUGACAGUUGCGGCCUCUUGGCUUUUUGUUAUUUGUGUGUGUGUGUGUGUGUGUGUGUGUGUGUGUGUGUGU